UCUCUUUCACCAACCACGACAAUACCGCUGCCCAUGGUCCCUCAGCUGCCUAUAGAACUUUGGGACAACGUAAUUUCCCUCCUGGAUGUACCUCAACAGUCCCUUCUGGCCCUCUGCCGUGUCUCUCACACCUUCAAUACAGUCGCCAUUACGCAUUUCCUCCUGCGCGAGGAAGUCAGCCAUCAAUCGCUAGCAGCGCGAGAGAUCGAGGUUAACGUGCGACAAUCCCCUUUGAUCCUCUCCGCAUUGGCCAUGUCGCACUCACUGCACCCCCUCCGCCGUCUGGUGUGUAAACAGACGCCAACAUAUGCAAACAGCAAGCUUGGGGAGCGGCUGCAGUGCAUCCAGCGGAUCGUUGACAAAUCGCCAAACCUUGGAGAGCUCGUGAUUGAGUUUGACCGCAAUGUCUUCAACUCGGCAGCUGUUGUCGCAGCCCCGCACCUCCUCCGCACGCUGCUACAUCGAUUCGUCCAGACAAGGGCAGGCACGGUGGCAGUCUUUAACGGGGCGCUCGCCUCGCGCUGCCUGGCGGAAGAUGUUCUCCACUGGAAGUUUGACGAUACUGUGGAGUAUACGGGGAGUGGCCCGCGCCGCGGGAUGCGAAAGCUCUUUGGCGCAAAUCAACCGACGCCGAAGCAUGGAUAUGUUAUCUUGCGCGAUGAUACCCUGUCACGCACGAUGGACCCGGUCGCCUCUCUGGCUGGGGUCUCACUCAAGCGCUUGGCCACACCUAGCUCUUUAUCGCUACCGGGGACAAUCAUAGAGCUAAAUCCUGGCCGGACGGCACAUCUAAGUCUUGGACCAAAGGAUAAAGUGCUAUCAAUGUCUUUGACAAGUGCAGAACUCGAUGUCGUUCUUCCCAAUCAACGCAUCCGCGGGCUCGUAUUCCUCGAUAUCACGCUGGGAGAUAUCAGCCCGCCAGCCCUGAGUAGCUUUCUGGAGCAAAACCGGACAACGUUGCGGCAAAUUACCUACAAUCCUGUUCAGGGUAGCUCUGGAUCACUCUUGACUUGCCCGAUCGCCCUUCCCGCGCUGGAUUCCCUGCAUACGGCGGAUCCCGUGCGCUUAAUUGAACUCCUCGACGCGUUUGGCAGCUCGCCGCAGCUACGGUCGCUCCACUUUUGCUAUCCAGAAACCGGCCCAGAGUCCCUUACGCCCGUUCUCGCACGCAUCACUCGCCAUCAGCAAGACCUUGCGCUCCAUCUCCGGCAAGGCGAUCCUGGUGCCCUGAACGUCGAUGCAACUCCACUUUCAGAGGCUUGCGAAACUGCCACCCGCGCCUUGCAUCACGUGACGCACAUCGAUAUCGAGUGUCCCGUCGUCGCGUCAGCACACACCCGCGCUAUGAUCCCGUGGCUGGCGCUGUUUCCAGCGCUUCAACAAGUCAUCUUCCGCAGUGUGCAAGGUAUGUUCCGUUGGGGCCCGCAGCGACAGGACCCGCAACCCGCGACAGUACACUUCCUCGAGCAUGCGAUAAGGGAGUUGCCCAAUGUGAAAGAGGUUCUAGUGAAGGAGGACUAA